AUGCGCAGAUACACGGCGUUUAACACGCGUCUCAUUGAAUUGUCCGCGUCGCGUAGAGCGACCAGUUACUCAGUUUUGUUCCCCUCCGCUGAUCGAUUUACUAUGUCAUUCACCCCGUUUUUUGUGACUCUUGGUUGCGACGCGGACGAGUACCUCAUCAUCGAGCAGCUGGUUUGUUGUGACCACAGCGACCUAACAGACGCACCUUCGUGCUGCAUUGUAGCGUGUGUUCCGUGUCCGCCUCGAUGCACGUGGACUAUUCCGUCAGAUGAGUCCGUAUUGCGUUGUUGUUUUCUUGCCACACCAAUCUGUAUUGUUAUGCGUUUUGUCCUCUCAUUGUUCAUGAUGGAAUGCGCCGUUGGGAGAAGUGGGAUCCCAACGAAGUGCCGUUGCUUUUUGGGGUGCCCGUUUCCUGCAACAUCGAGAAGUAGUACAGCUUCCCGACAUUAUCUUCUGUUAUUUUUUCUAGAUGUAUUAGUGAUUAGCGUCACUGUUGACAUAUAUGUUCGGGCUUACCCUAUUGAGCGCGUGCGAGCACACACUGGAGAUGAAAGGCCAUUCAAUGUAACAACGGGCAGCUCUGAAAGAAGAGGCAACACCCCUCACGAUGGAAUCACAUGGAUUGCUGAGCAUUUAGCAGAUACUGACUCUGGAAAAGACAGUCACGACUACCGGUUUCUCAACGACGAUCAACACAAUCACGUCGAGGAAGGUGACGGGGAAGUAGGCGGCCGUACAGCUGCAGCGGAUGAGGAAGAAGAAUCGAGUCGCAUUCUUCCGACUUUCACAGUGCAGGAUAUCCCGAGUGGAGAUGCUGACGUCCACAAGGCUGCUGGAGACGUGGACACCAGUACAACCACCACAGCAGUUGAUGAGGAUGCGGUAGGCAUGCCCACCGAAGGGGAUAUCCCGAAAGGUGAUAAACAAGUGUACGAGGCCUUUGGUAGGCAAGGCAGCCGUACCGUUGUAGCCGAGGUGGUCGAGGACGAUUCGAAAGACAGCCGUGCGAGCCAGGAAACUAUGGACAACAUCAAUCAUACCACCCAAAGACUUCUGCGAGGAAUGGAUGAUGGUGCAUUUGUUAGGGGAGGAGGUGUGCAGGAGUUUGUCAAGGCUAUGACAGUGCCACGAAUAGAAGAGAAGACAAAAGGGCAGUUGGCCGGUGUCUUGAGACUGAUUGAGGCUCUUGAGGCAAUGAAAGGCAGCAACUCAAAAUCUGAUCAAAGCCCACGACGCUUCGGUUGCAGCGUUUUGCAACGGCCCUUCCGCACGGUUGUGGAUUAUGAUGUCGUUAUCACCACUGCGGCGGCACUUGCGAAUGCUGGAGUGAAUGUCGCAGCGGGGGGCGGAGGACCAGUUUUUCCUGUGUUUCCGGAUGUUGCCAAAGUUCGGUCCUUGGCAGAGGAACCGCUGGACGGCCAGCAGGCGGCGGCACGGGAAUCCCAAUUGAGAUCGCGUGGGUUCGUUGUUCCAGUUGCUGAUAUGGUUGCUGCAGUGAAGCGGGAGUGGUCGGAAGAGCCGAUCGACUGCGGCAGAUGCACUGUUGGUGGAGGAUAUCUCCCUGUACGUUUGCUCAAGAAAGAAGUGGAUGAAGGCGAGGAGUUACUCCAUUUUGCCGAUGUGGAAUAUCCAACCUCAAUAUCCCGUGGCACUGUAGUGUCUGUUCCGGCAUCUUGGCUGAUCGUAAAAGGACUCAGUCUCAGAGAGUUGACUCCCGGUGUCACUGGCUUCAUUCUUUGCGUGGAGAAUGGAGAAAAGCCAGUUUUUGUCCCUAGGGGGCAAGGGCUGUUCAGUCAGUACGCAGAGUACCGUGCGGGGGCGUUCCGAGAACGGGUUGCGGUCGAUCAAUUUGUCAUCGUCAGAGGCAGCAGGCGUAAUGAGAGUGUGUUGGAGGCAAAACUCAUUCUGGAUCCUCGUGCGUAUUCUGUCUAUCAGUCUGUGAACCGAUACGAUCCUAGCUUCCUCUUCUUCGGCACUAUCGAAGGCCCACCCAUCACCCAGAGCUUGUUCGUAACGAGCGCUUUAAAAACGAGCAAUGAAUGCAUUAUCGAACGGACAGUUGAUGAUGGCCCAGUUUCUCUGGACUGUAAAGGAUGGAGGAAAUUUGAGCGACGUAUGAGAGAAUACGAAGAAACGAAAGCAGCUAUCACCAAACGUAGCCGGUGGCGACUAAUAAAGUAUCUCGUGUUAGCGCUUGGAGUUGCUUCCGCAGGCCUCCUUUACGCUGGACACAGAAAGGAGAGACCCCAUGGAAUCCUUCGAGUGCGUCCGUCACAAAUAAUGAAACACAAAUACUACGACAAGAUUAUGGUAGCAUUACGUGGUCGUAGGCAUGCUGCAAGAGGAUAUUGGAAAGCUUUCCUGGAUAGGGGGAUCCAAGAACUCCUUGUACCGCAGCCCGCGUUACAUUUGUUGUCUUACUUCGAUGCGAUGCAUCCUGAAAAUUUGCGCGAUGCGUUGAGAACAGUGCGAGGCGACACCGAUACAGUGUCUCGGUGGAUGGAUUGGGCAAGCGGGAGACGCGAGGCAGCAAAAGGAGUUUUGUACAAGGGAGCUGGUGGAUACGGGAUGGCAGCUACCGGUGUUAUCGCCACCCUCUAUGGCUUGUUGAGGUCGGGCACAUACGCAUACCGGCGCAGCAAACUAUACCUCCGUGGCAGGAAAGUGAAGCAAUACGCCGCGAACGUACUCUCCCAGAAGAAUGGGAGGCGAAAGGCAAGACGAAUGAUUGUUUUCUUGGUUGUGCAGUGAAGCAGUUGGGUGAAGUUGAAACGUUUUCCCGUUGCCACCUGUUUCGUGCACUUUCAUGUUUUGAGGGAGUGACGUUUCCGAACAGUUUGUAGACGUCAGCUUCAUUUAAUCAUCGCUUGUGCUAUUGUGUCUAGCAGAGGAGGCUCGUCGAGUCGGCCUUGACGCAAGAACAAGUAUUUCAUUAUCCGUUUUAUUUGGCUGAUCAUUAGCCCUUUUCUGGCAGUAUGCAGCUAGUGAGUCGUGGAGAGCGGUGCGCCUCUUGAGCUGGGGUGUCACGGGUUUUACUUUGAGGGUGGUGAUAAUCGGACGGGGCCCUUGACGGGGCUAAGGCUCCAGAAAUCUUUGUUGUAUGCAGUGAAGCCGUAUGUUCUGAAUACAACCUGUGAAUAACAGAAAUUGUUGGAGUUAGGAGCCUCCGCUGGGAUGGACUGAGCUGGCUUUUUCUGUAUUACUCCGUUGUUGCAUAUGGUCACAGUGGAACACUUCUUCAGCAGUAAGAGGGGCUCAGCAUGCUCAUUUGACAAAGAAUGUUUAGGGCAAUCGAUGUGCACUCGACGUACCUGUGGCCACUGCAUGCUCUAGACCAAUCUCACACACUUUUUUCUUUCUUGCCACAUGGACCUGGAAUACAACGCCUGCCGAGGCGGAGUGCGGCAGCGGAGCAGGGUGAGGAACUGCUGUCAAGUAACUUGCUUCCCUGUACAGAUGGCUCAACUUCAUGGCAGAGUUAAAUGCGCAAAAUACCCCCAGCGACUAACAGCCUUGACAAAGAAUAAUGUUUCGUCUCGU